CACCAUUGUUCUGUGGCAUAGAGUAAUAUUACUCUAUGUUCUGUGGUUAAAAUAAAAUAACAUCCUUAUCUAUGGUAAUAGAUGAUAACUUUAUAAUAAUUUGAUACUGUUUGUUAUUUGUUAUUUUACCGUUUAUUCAACUGUUCUAGAACAUUUAAGUUCUGCAAGUUACUAAAAAACAAAAUUCAGUCGACUCGUUUGAUUUAAUUUAUCAAUUUUUAAAAUAACCGUUUUACUUUUCAUUAUAAUUGUAUAACUAUAGUUCAACACUAUGGGCACAGAAAUUAAAACAAUUCCAGUAAAAAAUGAUGCUGAGGACAACAAUCAAGAUCAAAAAGUAGUUGAAAAAGCAAAUACUCCAGAAACUCAAGUUAUGUUUAAAAAGAAAUCUAAAGGACGAUCAUUGAGAAAAAGGUUUGAGGAUGAUGAAAUAGAAGAUGACAUAAAUAUGUUGAAAAAACUUGAAGAAAUGAAAACUAUGCAAAGACUUCGAGAUAGACCUAAUGGUGUUAAUAUUAUAAGUCUUGCUUUGGGAGAAAAACUCUCCCAAGAAGAAGAAAAAUUAAUGGUUGAUCCAUUUAAAGUAAAAACUGGUGGAUUAAUCAAUAUGAAUGCUUUAAAAAGUGGUCAAGUAACUCAAGUAGAUGAUGCUUAUGACACUGGAAUAGGAACUCAAUUUUCAGCUGAAACUAAUAAACGAGAUGAAGAUGAAGAAAUGAUGAAAUAUAUUGAUGAACAAGUUGCAAUGCGAACUGGUCGAACAAUAGAUAAGGAUGAUGAUACAAUCAAUACCAAUAAAUCAAAUUAUUGUCCACCAGAAUUGGCAGCUUUGCAAGCUGUUCCAUCACAUUUACGAAAUUCAACUACUCAUAGAUCAGAAGAAAUGUUAUCAAAUCAGAUGUUAAGUGGUAUCCCUGAAGUAGAUUUAGGAAUUGAUGCAAAAAUAAAAAAUAUUGAAGCUACUGAAGAAGCCAAAAUGAAAUUAAUACGUGAUAAGCGUAAUAAGAAGGACGGUCCAUCACAAUUUGUUCCCACAAAUAUGGCUGUAAAUUUUGUGCAACAUAAUAGAUUUAAUAUAGAAGUUGUUGGACCAGAUGGGAAAAGGAGUUAUAAACAACAACCUGCAGUUAAACAAGAACAUAUAGAUGACAAAAAUAUUGAUAAAAGAAAAAAGAAAGAUAAUGCUACAGACGACUUCCAUUAUGAAAGAUUUAAGAAACAAUUUCGAAAAUAUUGAAAUUUGCCAAUUUGUGUAUAAUUUAUAAAUAACAAUUUGUUUUU